AUGCCCAGCAACAUCAGGGAGCCUGGGCUGACGGCCGGGCAGCUGGGGCUGCUGUACAGCUCCGGCUGGGAGCUGGACAGGAAGGCCGAUGAGCUGCUCCUGCAUGGCAGCGAGCUGCUAGCCUUCCAGAGCGCGAGCGUCGAGCAGCUGGGGGACGUGUGGGUGAGGACGUGCAGGGGUCUGCGGGAGGACACCCGGCGGGCGGUGCAGCUGCAGGACUCUGGUGUCCGGGAUGAGGCCCUGCUGCAGCGCAUACAAGAAGUAUUUGCUCGAGGACGUCUGCGGCUGUGGCACCUAUGCAGGCAUCGCCCCGGCUGCGUCGCCGAGGUCAUUCGCGGUGGGCGCACUCCUGCCUCCAACUCCUUCGCACCGGAGCGGUGGCUGGCGGUGCUGGACGCCGUGCGUUUGACCCCGGAGCAGGAGUCCAUCCUGGACAGGGUCCAGACCGUGGCCCUGUCGCACCUGGACCGGGUCAUGGAGCAGAGGAAGCGGCUGCUGGACGCUGUGGCGCACCUCCGCGAGCGUCGGCCCUCCGGGCUGGGCCAGCUGGAUCUUACCCUCUCACUCAACCUGCACUCUGUGGUGGAGAGGCUGCAGGAGAAUCUGGAGGAGGAGCGCAGGAUCACGACGGUGCCCUGCAAGGCCCUCUUCUCCAACGAUUUCACCCAUUUGCAGGUGGUCACGCCCUGGGAUGUGACCGCCGACAGCGAGGGCAAGAUCAACUACAACAAGCUGGUGGAGCAGUUUGGGUGUCAGAAGAUCGACCCUGAGCUUGUGGCUAGGGUGGAAAGGGUGACGGGGGUGAAGGCCCACCCCUUCCUGAGGAGAGGCAUCUUCUUUGCGCACAGGGAUCUGACGGAGAUCCUUGAUGCCUAUGAGCGCGGGGAACCCUUCUACCUGUACACCGGCCGGGUGCCAUUGGUCAUCCAGCUCACCGACGAUGAGAAAUUCUUGUGGAAGGGUCUGUCUGUCGAGGAGGCCCAGCGCCUGGCACGAGAGAAUGCCAGGGACAUCAUCGCCUGUGGCUUUGACAUCACCAAGACCUUCAUCUUCUCUGACUUUGAGUACCUGGGAGGCGCAUUUUACCGCAAUGUCGCACGCAUCCAGAGGUGUGUCACCAUGAAUCAGGUGAAGGGCAUCUUUGGCUUCACCACAGAUGACUACAUCGGAAAGAUUGCGUUCCCUGCAAUACAGGCUGCACCUGCCUUCCCAGACACCUUCCCCCACAUGUUUGGGGAGCGGAAGGAUAUUCGGUGCCUCGUCCCCUGCGCCAUCGACCAGGACCCCUACUUCCGCAUGACGAGGGAUGGGGAGAGCGGCAAGAUGAGCGCCUCCGACACCGCCUCGGCCAUCUUCGUGACCGACACCGCCAAGGAGAUUGACACCAAGGUGAAGAAGUACGCUUUCAGCGGCGGCGGCGCCACGCGGGAGGAGCACGAGAAGAAUGGGGCCAACCUGGACGUGGACAUCUCCUACCAGUGGCUCCGUUUCUUCAUGCAGGACGACACGCGGCUCGAGGAGAUCGGGCGCGACUACGGCGCGGGGCGGCUGCUGACCGGUCAGGUCAAGGCCGAGUUGGUGGGCGUGCUGGCGGCGAUGGUGCAGCGACACCAGGCCGCGCGGGCGGCGGUGAGCGACGCGGUGGUCGACGCCUUCAUGACCCCUCGCGCCAUGCCCGACCUGUUCCCCCCCCGGGGCUGA